AUGUCGACCUUCUUCUACGGCCAGCAACAGCACCAGCAACACCCUCACCACGGCGCAGCCGCCCACAUGCCCACCUCCAACAACCACCACGGUGGGCGUUCUCGACGGGGUCCCAAGAUGGCCGCGCAGAACGCUCAGCGUCAGUUCCGGGGGGUGAAGAGCAUGCGGGAGCUCGCCGAAGCCCCGGCGGUGACGGCUUUCCGCGCGAGAUUCGAGGCUGGACGCUCCUUCGACCUCGAUGAUGACUUGGAGUUUUGCCCCGGCCUCCUGACUGAGGACGAUCUCCAUUCCAUUCACUCGGCCUCUUCGGAUCGGUCUUCCCUGUCCAGCGGCUCCCCCGACUCCUCGCCCCUCCAACAUCAGAUCCAGCCGGUUCAGCAGGUCACCCCAUCCAUCUCCCUCUCGCCCGCGUCCGCCAACUCGUAUGUUCACUCCGGGGUCACGGGUAACAUGAGUCACGUGAACUUCCAGCAGCCGUCGGCGGUCCGCACCCGCAAGGUCAUCCCGAUCGUCAAUCCUCACACGGGUAUGACUCUGACCAGCCCUCCCACGUCCAUCUCUCCGGGCUCGAUGCAGAAUGCCCAGCGGCGAUGGUGA